AUGGUUUUUGUUCUCGCCAUGGUGUCAUCAUAUCCAGAUGUUAAGAAACGUGCACAAGUGGGAUUCAACUCAGUUAUCGGAAGACAUCGCUUACCUACGUUUGAGGACAGAGUGUCGCUACCCUACGUCGAAGAAAUGAUGCGGGAAACCUUCCGAUGGCACCCCAUUGCACCUCUUGGUGAUAUUCGUUACUACGUGGUCUUGUUUUUACUGCAAAUGAUGUUAUAG